AUGGCGAAUCUCGUAGGAGACAUUUUGUCGCGCAUUGUAGCGCUUUUCUGUCUCUUCCAAUGCGUCCAAGCAAAGACCGUUACUCAUGACUUUAAUGUCACCUGGGUAAUGGCCAACCCAGAUGGCUUGUACGAGCGCAAAGUGGUCGGCAUCAAUGGCCAGUGGCCGUUACCUAAAAUCGAGGUCGACAAAGGCGAUAGACUUGUGGUCAAUAUGUACAACGGUCUAGGAGACAAAAGUGCCACUAUUCAUUGGCACGGGAUGUUUCAAAACACUACCAACGACAUGGAUGGCCCUGCAAUGGUCACUCAGUGUCCCAUUCCGCCAGGUUCUUCAUUUACCUAUAACUUCACCAUCAAUCAAAGUGGAACAUAUUGGUACCAUUGCCAUACUGACUACUGCUACCCGGAUGGUUAUCGUCAAGCGUUGAUUGUUCACGAUAACGAGACAUAUUUCAAUGAUCAAUACGAUGAGGAAUUUACCGUCACGUUGACCGACUGGUAUCAUGAGCUUGUUGAAGAUAUUGCGCCUCAUUUCAUCACAUACAAAAAUCCGACGGGCGCAGAGCCUGUCCCUAAUUCUUUUCUAUUCAAUGAUACCCUGCACUCCAGUCUUCCCGUUCAACCUGGUAAAACUUACCUUAUACGGCUUAUCAAUAUCGGGGCAUUCGUUGCGCAAUACUUCUACAUCGAGGAUCAUGACUUCAAAAUUGUCGAGAUUGACGGAGUUUACACGGAGCCAACAAACGCCAGUACUCUCUAUAUCGCCACGGCUCAGCGCUACGCCGUUCUCGUCACGAUGAAGAACUCUACAGACAAGAAUUACCCGAUCGUGACAGUCGCUGAUUCCCAGUUAUUGGAUACCAUUUCACCCGACCUUCAAUUAAACCAAACCAAUUGGCUGGAAUACAAUGCAUCCGCUCCGCACCCACAGGCAGACAUCACAGUGGCUUCAUGUACAGACCUAGAUCCGUAUGAUGACGCGAAGCUCGUGCCUUACGAUAAAAUGCCUCUUCUUCCAGAUCCAGAUCUCUCCAUCGAUGUAACAGUUUACAUGGAAAACCUCGACGACGGUGCUGGCUAUGCACUUUUGAACAACAUCUCCUACACCAUGCCUAAAGUUCCAUUGCUCUACACGGCUCUCUCAGCUGGUGAUCUCGCUACAAAUGCAGAAGUCUAUGGCGACUACACACACGCAACGGUCUUGGAACAUAAUCAAGUCGUGGAAAUUGUUUUGAACAACGCAGAUACCGGCUCCCACCCGUUUCAUCUUCACGGACACCAGUUCCAGGUUAUCAAUCGGGCGCCCGGAUAUGGAGAGCACUUCUACGACUAUGCCGAUGGCGAUCCGGUUCCUUUUGAUUCGUCGGAUCAUCCUCCAUUCCCAGAUUACCCCGCUCGACGAGACACUUUGGUCCUUCCACCGCAGGGCCACUUUGUUAUCCGCUUCGUCGCUGAUAAUCCCGGUGUGUGGCUCUUCCAUUGCCACAUCGACUGGCAUUUAUCUCAAGGUCUGGCUAUGGCAUUUAUCGAAGCCCCUCAGCAGAUUCAGGAGCGAACGACUAUCCCUCAACAGGCCUAUGAUGUUUGCGAGGCUGCCGGAGUUCCGUACAAGGGUAAUGCAGCGGGUAAUACGGAGGACUUCCUUGAUCUCACGGGGCAGAAUAAGCAAGUUGCAUGGUUGCCUUCUGGAUUCACUACUAAGGGCAUUGUGGCUAUGGUGUUCUCUUGUGUUUCUGCCUUCUUGGGAAUGGCGUUCAUAUCUGUCUAUGGUGCAUCUGGUAUUCAGUCCACGAAGAAGGGUGAGGAGACUCCGGAGACUCCAGAGGCAAAUGGGGCAAAUCACACAUCAGGAGAAAGUGCCUCAUAG